AUGGGACUCAGAAACAAAACAGAUGUUUCAGAAUUUCUUCUCAUGAGACUGACAGAGGAUCCAGAACUGAAGACCAUCUUUUUCAGCUUGUUCCUGUCCAUGUACCUGGUCACCGUCCUGGGAAACAUGCUCAUUGUCCUGGCUGUCAGCUCUGACUCCCAUCUCCAUACACCCAUGUAUUUCUUUCUCUCUAAUCUGUCCUUUACUGACAUCUGUUUAAGCACAACCACAAUUCCAAAGAUGCUGGUGAACAUCCAAGCACAGAAUCAGAGCAUCACUUAUGCAGGCUGCAUCAGCCAGAUCUGCUUCAUCCUGACUUUCGUUUGUUGGGAAAAUUUUCUCCUUGCAGUAAUGGCCUAUGAUCGCUAUGUGGCCAUUUGCCACCCACUGAGGUACACAGUUAUCAUGAACCCCCGACUCUGUGGACUGCUGAUUCUACUCUCCAUGUUCAUUAGCAUUGUGGAUGCCCUGCUCCACAGUCUGAUGGCGUUGCGGCUGUCCUUCUGCACACACCUGGAAAUCCCCCUCUUUUUCUGUGAAGUUGUUCAGGUCAUCAAGCUUGCGUGUUCUGAUACUCUCAUCAAUAACAUCCUGAUAUAUUUUGUGGCUAGCAUAUUUGCUGGUGUUCCCCUUUCUGGAAUCGUUUUAUCUUAUAUUCAAAUUGUUUCCUCUAUUUUGAGAAUGUCAUCAUCAGGAAGAAAGUAUAAAGCUUUUUCCACUUGUGGGUCUCACCUCUCUGUUGUUACCUUGUUCUAUGGGACAGCUUUUGGAGUGUACAUUAGUUCUGCAGUGACAAACUCUUCCAGGAAGACUGCAGUGGCUUCAAUGAUGUACACUGUGGUCACUUCCAUGAUGAAUCCCUUCAUCUACAGCCUGAGGAACAGGGACAUGAAGGGAGCCUUGAGGAUGCUCAUUGGUAGGCUGCUUUUUCUGGUCUGA